CUUCCACCGCUUCCUCAAUCCUCAUCCUGAGCCGCAUCGUUCUGGAGGAUUUCCAAAGCGCCUUCUCCCUGCUCGCUCUAUUCCCCAUCGUGCCCCUUGAGCUUGGAGCUCGAGCGCCACCAGGGUCACGCCCCUUCCUUAUCCCUCGUCGGACCCGUCGAGCAGAGCCCGACGCCCUGGCUGAGCUGGUCUAGCUCGCGCCCUCUUCCAAUUUGACCUUCCCUGCUCGGUCUGGCAUGGAGGUCAGCCACCAGAAAUCGUGCGCCAACCUUGCCCUUCUCAACCGUCGACCAUGUGAAGCCAUGGAGCCGUCGUUCUUAGCCCCGGCUCCCCAAGUCCGGCCAGGAACUUCCCAGCGCCUCCCUCUCUGCUCCUGUGCUCGGAGCCCAGUACUCCACCUCGCCGGGGUCGACCUCCCCUCGCCCUUAUCCUCUGGCCGUCAUCCUGGUCGCCGGUUGAGUCCCCUCAUGGAUGUCGUUGCCCAGGUGCUGAGUCUCCUCCCCUCGACAUGCUUAACAGCGUCGUUGUAUCGGACUCCGCUAUCGAACCGCGCCACUGAUUCAACUCGCCAUCGACACAGCGCCGAACCUUUGCCUCUGCCCCAUCGUCAUUCUGCUCGACGCUGGUUCCUCCUCCGAUUCCCAUUCCCUGCUUGGUUUCUUGCCAUUCGUGCCACUCGGCCAACGUGCCAGAAUGUGUUGCCUCCCUCCGUUCGUUGCCAUGAUGGCCAUCCUCGUUGCGACAGGCUGGUCACCCCGGCGCUGCCAUCCCUACUCGAAAUCCUCCCUCUUCGAAGCUUGCUGGUCGCUGUUCCAUGCUGUUCCUAAUAGCUCAGAUUCUGCUCAGCUCGCCCCCAUGGCACAUCAGUCCUGCUUGAUUAGUGUUGGCUGGUCCUCCUUGGCGUUGUUCCGUGUAGAUCCUUGACCCCGUUCACCUUCAGCCCCACCGUGUUCACCUCCCUGCGUUGUCGCGAACUCGCCGUUGCCAUUCGCCUAGGGUGAAGUCCAUGUCAUCUCCCUGCCCUGGUGCACACCGUCGCGCUUCUGUGAUCUGGGCCAACACACCUAGCCAAUGGAGCCCGUCCGCAUGUCACUGUUCCGCUUCCCACGCCGAGGUGGGUUAUCCUGGAAGUUUAGAUGAAGGAAGUGAAGAUCAACACGACAUUACUAGAUGUUUGAUGAAUUGUGUGGAUCGGAUCCGUCAUUAGUUUGGUACGCUAAUGAUCAAAAUGCGAAGGCCAGGGUCUAGGUUGAUCCCAAAUGGUGCAAAGGAUGGUCUACUCUGAGAGGCGAUGUCGGCGGACCAAUCUAGCAGAUGAAUCAAGUACCAGGAUGGCAGAUGCUCACCAAGUGAUCGUCAUCUAACAACACUGACUUAGUGUUUAUUCCAGACAAGCCCCGGUGCAUUUGCCACCUCUUUGCUGUUUUAAAACUUUUAUCACUAAUAUGUUGCAUUAGGCGGUAGGAGUUAAAUGAUUAAACCUUUGUUACAUAACUUCCUUGAACUAUUGAUUAUCAUCCUUGAUACCAGAUUUGAAAAGCAAGAUGUGCUUAGUAUGCUUAUAGACAAGGAACAAAAUGUUUUGAUACAUGAAUCAUGUUUUUACAAAGAAAAAGAGGUUGGAAUGAUGAAGGUA